GCGUUAGCGUGGCACACACCACUACACCACCUUGCUCUGUUUUCUACUCUGAUCCGUUUCGUGCGCUAGGGACAGCAGCAGCGGCCAUGGUGGUCCUAGCCAAGGGCGAGCUCGAGCAGAUAGCGCUCCCGCCGGCGCAGACGCCGCCCGCCGACGUGCGCGCGAUCGACCUCUCCGCCGCGGGCCCCGCCCGCGCGGCGGCGGCGCGCGCGCUGGUGGAGGCGUGCGAGGAGCAGGGGUUCUUCAGGGUGACCGGCCACGGCGUGCCGCCGGAGCUGGCGCGCGCCGCGGAGGCCGCCGCGGCGCGGUUCUUCGCGCUGCCGCAGCCCGACAAGGAGUCCGCCACCGGGGCGCCGCUCGGGUACGCCAGCAAGCGGAUCGGCAGCGCCGGCGACCUCGGCUGGAUCGAGUACCUGCUUCUCUGCCUCGCCCCCGCCGCCGCCGCCGCGACAUUGCCGUGCGCGACGUCGCCCACGCCUCCUUGCCCCUUACGGGAGCUUCUGGGCGAGUACAGCGCGGCGGUGCGGCGGGUGGCGUGCGGCGUGCUGGAGCUGAUGGCGGAGGGGCUCGGCGUCGGGCCGGCGGACGCGGUGGCGCGGCUGGUGGCGCGCGAGGACAGCGACUCCAUACUCAGGGUGAACCACUACCCGCCACGCCCCGAGCUCGGCGGCGGCGGCGGCGGGCCGAACCUGACGGGGUUCGGCGAGCACACCGACCCACAGAUCAUCUCCGUGCUCCGCUCCAACGGCGCCCCCGGGCUGGAGAUCUCCCUCCGCGACGGCGCCUGGGCCUCCGUGCCGCACGACGGCGACGGCGACUCCUUCUUCGUCAACGUCGGCGACACUCUCCAGGUGCUGACGAACGGUAGGUUCAGGAGCGUGAAGCACAGGGUGGUAGUGAACAGCGAGAAGUCGAGGGUGUCCAUGGUCUUCUUCGGCGGCCCGCCGCCCGGCGAGAGGCUGGCGCCGCUGCCGGCGUUGCUGGGGGACGGCGGCCGGAGCCGGUACAGGGAGUUCACAUGGAAGGAGUACAAGGGCAGCGGCUGCAAGGGACGGCUCGCGGACGACAGGCUCGGCAGAUUUGAGAACUGAAGUAGCAGUCAGCUGACUUCUACGUAUGUGUGCAUUAAUUUGCAAGUCCUGCAUAUACCAUCGUGUGAGCUGAUGGUUAUCACUGUGGUGUGCUUCUAGCAAUAGCCGUGUAUGCUAGUAUGGAUUAAUGUGAGUAUGUAUAGCUUUCAGCAAAGUUGCAUGUAAGUAAUCUAUGCACAAUUUAGUUUGAUUAUAAUUAAAUGAACUCAAAUCAGUUU